UUGGAAUCUGCAACAGGAAUUCAGAAAAUGCACAUUAAAGAUACCAGUAACAGCUCAAAGCUCUCUACGUUAGCUGUAAAUUUGGGGAGUUGAUGCUUCGAUUUCCAAGGGUCUCUGUAUAAAAGCAGAGUUUAAUCUGCCAAUUUGAGCACAAAACUGGGUGAGCACUGCAUGAGUCUCACUCUCCAGAAACAAAACCUAGCACCUGCUCCCAGCGAAAAAAAGAUUUCAAAGUCCAUUCUUUCGUUGUUUAUUUGCAAAAGCACCAGAUAAUAAUAUAGCUCAUGUUGAAUUAAAUCUUCAGGUUGUUACUGUGCUUUCACUAAAACUCCCAUGCAACAUUCAUAAAACAAAGCUUCUUUUUAAAGGUCCUAGUAUUCCUAAAUAUUCAUGAGUAUUUAUUAGUUUAAUUGCACACACAAUUGCCUGCAGUGUUCAGAACUUUGAUCCUUGGCUUGCCAUAUAGAUCAGAGCACUCGGGUCACCUGUACUCAUUGUUUGGCACCAUCUUAGAUUCACCUGGUGAAAAUGGCUUUACCCUGGCAACCCCUUAUUGUUCUGCUUUUAAUCAACACUGCAAGUGCACAGAGCCGUUCAGCAAAAGCAGACACUCCCCUGGCCUGGCAACCUUGGCUGGUUGGGUUCACCGCUGUCAUUGUGUUCCUCUUCAUUGUCUUUGCUGCACUGAUAAUCAAGAAAGUUCUGCACGGAAAGAACAAGGAAACUGAUGAUUCUUGCCUUGGGUUAAACACUGAGGAAAGGAGCAAGGACAUUGAAAUGCUUGGCACCAACUCAUGCCCUGGUGAAAGGAACAAGGAAACUGAUGAUUCUUGCCUUGGGUUAAACACUGAGGAAAGGAGCAAGGACAUUGAAAUGCUUGGCACCAACUCAUGCCCUGGUGAAAGGAGCAAGAAGACUGGAGACUCCAGCAGGGACUUAACCAUUGAAGAAAGAACUUCAGACUGUGAGGAAUCUGAGGGAAUCUCUAACCCAAUGGAUAAGGAUAAAAUGUCCAACCUCUGAAGUGCUCUAAUUGGAAUCGUGCCGAUGAGUUCAUUGUCAUCCCUCCAUGGAUAAAACGUUUAUUUUCCUCUGAAUGUAUAAAGUGACAACUCGGUAAUUAAAAUCUU